AUGUUAAAAGAAUCAUUUCCACUAAGGUUAGUUCAGAAAUUCUGUAGUAAUAAGGAAAGAAAGAUGUUUACUAAACAACAAAAAGAGAAUAAGCUCUCAGAUGAACAGAAUGAAGAGUUGAAAACCAGAAAACAAAUCAGAUCAGAGUUAGCUUUAGGUAUUAACUGUGUGACUAAAGCCCUAGAGAAAGAUGAGUUAAGAUUGGUAAUAAUAACUAGAGAGUCUAAAGUUUGUGUACUAGUCAAUCAUAUAUUACCAUUAGUCACUGUUAGACAAUGUCCAGCAAUACGAUUACCUAAUCUCAGUGAGAAUAUGUACAAUAUACUUGGCCUUCAAUCUCUUGCUGCUCUUGGAUUCAAGAAAACAAAAGAAAAGUCUAUGUUUGAAGAUUUUGUUCAUAUGGUGAUAGAAACAGCUCCAUCUAUUAAGUCGUCAUGGUUACAAGAACCAGAAAUCAAAUCUGAAAUUAGUACAAAGGAUAUGGAAAUUGAAACGACACCAGAGGAAGUUAAUCUAAGUGCCACAAUAAAAUCUGUAAUACCAGAAAAAUCCCUAAACCCAGAAACAUCACAUAAAGCUGCACCUGUGUUCAAAAAAGACUAUUCCUAUUUAUAUGUGUAUAAAAAAGACCAAAAACUUGGUGAUGACUUUAUAUCUUUGAGUAGUAAUACAAAAACAGAUGAGGACUAUUUUCCCACAGAACCUAAGAAAUCUAAAAGUGAGCAAACUGGUUUGGUUUCUAUGAAAUAUAAAGGUGUUAAUGUUCAAGCUAUGAAGAAAAAUGAAAAGCGUAAAAAGAAAAAGAAAUGUGCUGUAUAA